AUGCUAUCUCCUUUACCAAAAUCACAAUCACCAACAGUCACACAAACGUGUAUCUUCAUAUUCUCCAAUUCAUAUGAUCGAGAAUUAUUUUCAGAAAAUGGAUUAUUAUUAGAUAAUGAAUUUUUACCUGGUAUAUCUUAUUCUAUACUUAACACACCUGCUGGGAAGAUAGCUCAUGGGGUGAUGAUGGACGUGUUUUUUGGCUCAGGAUUUGGCCAACCAUAUGGAUCAGAAUUUAUGACCG